AUGUCAGAAAUCCAUCCUAAUCAACACCGCAUUUCCGCCGCUCGCGUCGAUCAGUACGUUCGUCAGCUAUGUCUUGAUGAGUCCUCCGCAAAGAAUGGGGCCCCUCGAACGGUGGAGUUUCUUUUGCAACGCGUCUUUUCAGAUCUUUUUGGCGAUAAACACGAGCCGAUCCUUCCGGAUUGCAUGCCAUUCGCGAUCAAACAGGUCCCCGCGUUGGCGGAGGUGGCUUUACGACAGGCGCGCAUCGCCACUCGCGUCUGCGCGGCCGUUUCAACCCGUCCGGUGGUCACCGUUUACGAACUUCAGGAGGAAAUUUGCCUGGAAGAACGCGUGGCGAGUUUCCGCGAGCUCGGUUUUGGUGAAAGCCUCGGGAAUAUGCCAAUAGUGCAGCAAUAUUUUAAUCUGAAACCCAACUCGGUGAUCUACCCCGUUCGGAGCCGUCAUUUGAUGGAGUUUAUCCUAUACCACCCAGAGUCGAGACGGAUUUUGGAUAGCUCGGGCGACACCCGAGAUGUGAUCAACAGUUUUAAAUCGUACUACGAAUCCAAGAUCCUGCCUGCCUUGCGGGAAACCCACCCGGAGCUUUUUCGUAGUGGGCCCUUAUCCCGCAAAGCUCGCACGCUGAGCAGCAAUCGGGAGUUGGGAAUUCACAUCCAAAGCCUCCCGUGGCUGCUCAUGAGCCUCCGUCAGGAGGCGGAUGGCGCCGUGUUGCGUUUGUUUGAAAAUAUCUGCGAGGAUGCCAAAGCACGAAUUGACAAAAAUAAAGAGUUUUACCUCGACGUCAUCCGCGCGAUGGAUGAAUCUCUCAUGAGAAGAGGAGUUUCGGGGUCUGACGGCCUUCCACAUACCUUUUCAGUGCAGAUGUCGGAAACAAAAGCACGUCGAACCACCCUCCCCUCUACGCUCUGGAAAAGCUGUGAAACGGAUGGAAGUGGAAACUUCGUGAGCGUCGGGGGGGUUUCAGUGGCGGUGCGUCUGGGCGAUCCCGAGAUCCCCCCUCCUGUGAGGGAAAUUCAGCAGGACACCGUGGAAACGAUUCAGACGACACCUCCCUCCACCGUCCCUCCUUCACGGCUGCGUCGGCGAAUCAUCAAAGAAGCCUCCACGACCCUUCUCGAUGAGGGGGAGGGGGGGCGAGGGCUGCCUUUGCCCCCCUCUACAUCCAACCCCGCCUUUUCACUCCCCUUCGCGAUUAGCGGCGAAAAGGCCGUCGUGGAUCCCCCCUCUCUCGCGAUCUCGACGGUAGAAGAGCGAUUAAAACGGAUGCUCGCCGAGGCAGGCGAAGGAAGCCUUUCGGGUUGGGUGGAGCUCCUCCGUGGGAUCCCGCCCGGUUCACGACUCCCGCGGGAGCUCUUUGUCGCCUGUUUUACGAGGCUCUUGCGGGAAGGAGGCGCAUCUUCCGCGGAGGACUCCUCAGCUUUUUUUUCCACACCUUUCAUCCCCCUCCUGCGGGAAUGCGAGCCCUCCGGCGUCGUGGAGGUUCUCCUCCUGGCAACCCCGGCGGAGGUUUGCUGGGAGGCAUCGAAGGACUCUGAGGGGGAUGCCUCGGAUGUGUUUUCCCCCUCCCCCGCUCUCUUUCACGCGUCCUUAGCGGGAUUUUACGGGCCCUCGCUCAAAUCGUUCUUCUGCGAUCAGCUCGGGGUAUCGGAAGGGCCGAAUACCUUGUCGUGGUUUCUCUCCAUGCGGGUGAAUCACCGACGGUUUUCGCCGUGGGAGUUCGAACGCGAAGGGCUCCGCGCGCGUUCGCUGCGGAUGCUCGCGCUAUGCGUGAAGGAAGAUUACGCGCGACGGGUGGCGAGAUUCACCAAGGCGCCACGCUCUUCUUCGCUCUCCUUUUCCGCGGAGCAUCCGCCGCCGCCGGUCGGGGCCCUCGCGCUCGAUGAGCUUCUUUCGUCGCUCCCAGAGGCGGCGGCACGAUCGGCGUGGGUGUUUCCCUUCCACGGCCUGUGGUGCCGUGGGAUCGACGAUUUAUUCCUCGCCUCCCCUCGUCAUUGGGGGGUUUCCGAGUUGUAUGUAAAACCCAUUCAGCCGUCCAACGCGCCCGGGCUCCGCGCGAUUCCCGCGGAGGAGGAGCCCCACUUCGCCGUGGCGGCGUUGCUUCGGCGGUCUGGGGUGCGUCUUCUUGACGAACACCUCGUUCAACGGGUGAGUUUCGAUACCCUCGCGUUAUCGAACGACGCCGGUCGCCUUCAUCGUUCCAUCGCACUCAUCGUUCCUUAUCUUCAAACUUUUCUUUGCCGCCGCGAUCGGGCGUGGUAUGAGAUGAUCUACGACCGCCUUUCGGAACGGCUGCGAUCCUUUCGAGUCGUUCUUGGGCGGCAGAGCGCCUUGUUGGAAGGGUUUUGGCAUGAAAACGGCAUCUUCUACGCCUCCUCGCGCGAACCUUUAAAACUUUGUUAUCUCGCCGUGCACAACACGCUUUAUGGGGAGGAAGGGGUCUACACCCCUCAGGUCCUCGCGAGCGCCGUGGUGGAGUUGUUUUUGCCACUCUUCACGACGGUAGGGUUUCGUGAGGAGCUGCGGGGUGUCGUGGAGUCUUUCCUCCUCGCACUCUCCGCCGUGGAGGGCGUUGGGAAGCUCGAGCAAGGGUACCGCCCAACGGAUCGCCCUGAGGAAAUUUCCCACAAAGAAUGGGAAGAGGCACUGAAGGAAAUAGCGUAUAAACUCCAGCUUAAACCGUUUUGCGAGUACGUCGAUACUGAUCUCAGGAUGGAAGGAGGGGAGGACCGUCGAACGGAUGAAUCCACCACGGGAAGCGCAACCUCACGGGAUCCUAGACCUUCUUAUUGGAUUCCGUGGACGGUAUCAGCGACUCCGCCUGAACGUUGUUAUUCUACCUUUCCACCUGGUUGUGAUGGGUUUUCGUUGCCGUCGCUUUCCUUUAAUUCUCCUAACCGGCAGGCCGGGCGAGGUCCUCCCGCGCUUGGAAGUUCUUCGAUUCGAGGAGGUCCUCCCAUCCACUCCCGGAUGUCAAGCUCGCCACAGUCGUUCAUCUUUAAUCGGAAACUUUCCGGCGCGAGGAUCACGUGGGAUGAUGCGAGUUUCAUGGCAGAUAUCACGUCUGGUGGGGUGCGACGUCGUCGUUUGGAAGCAGGGAGUGAGGCCGUCGAAAAUGACGGGGAAAGCAACUCAACGAGAGCGAAUCUAACUCGUCCUGGAGUGCAUGAGGAUUCCGACGACAGCGAUGAUGAUCCGACGGAGGAAGAAGUCAUCCGUUUUACGUAUCCCUCACGAAAACGUGGCUUGGAUACGACGCCAUCGCAUCUUAUUUCCUCCUCCGCGUCCGGUGGACGAACCGCAGACGACGUGGACGCGUACGCCACCGCCGCGGAGCGGUUCGUUUUUCAAGCGCUGAAGGCCCAAUACGAAGGCGUGAAGCCCCAUGGAAAGACCACACCAUCCGUGGAGGUGGUGUGGGUCAAUGAGCAUGGAGAAAGUGGGAUGCCCUACGAUAUUGUGUUGUUAAAUCGCGGCCAAUCGUGUCGCGGGGGAGCGCAUCAUGCGGAGGAUCGCCCGAAGCCAGUUGUCAAACCUGCCGUGGCGAUCCCCUCGUCGAAUAGCAGCCUGCGUAACUUCUACAACACCUCUCCUUCCACACGGCAAAACACGACGAUGGGAUUCUGUGCAAAUGAAACGAAUACCGGUAAUUUUCACCAGCAAUCUGGGAAGGAAAGCGCCAUAAACCCUCACUCUCCAAAUGAGUAUGAUGUUCUUGAAUACAUCGAGGUCAAGUCGACAUCUUCUAAUAAUCGCACGGACUUUGAACUUUCACUGCGGGAGUUUAUCCUGGCUGCGAAGCACGGUCCGGCGUUCAAAGUCUACCGUGUUUUCAAAGCUUCCACAAGCACACCGGGUCGGAUGCAUUUUAAGGUAUACAGUGAUUUAGUUAGACUUUGGAUUACUGGGAAACUGACCAUUUCAGGGAAUAUUCGUGUCUUACCAAGCUCAUAA